GCAGUUGGAGAGUUCUUCCAAUGGCUUCCCAGCGCCAAACGCCCCGCGCAACUGCCCGGUGGCGGCGUUGCGGAGUGGCUGCUGCCGCUGGAUCUUCCAACACCAUUGCCCUCGAUGCAAGUGGAGCUGGAGGUCGGCAGCAUUGGGACGGUGGGCACUCCGUUGAAGGUGGAGGUGUGCCUGAAAAAUGCAACGUUUUCGGAGGAAGAGAUCAGGGUGCGGAUUCUGCAGGAAGGCGAUGUCUCAGAUCGCUACCUGUUCUCCGGCCCCGCGAGUUCUCAAGCCUCGCCCCUCAGCCUGGCGCCCGACGUGUCGCCGGAGUCUCCGGUGCUGCAGCCCUUCUGCUUGAUUCCUUUGAAGCCCGGCUGGGUGUCUCUGCCCAAGGUUCAAGUCCUUUGGGCCAACCAG